GCUCCUCCAGCACAGCUCCUCCCGCGCAGCCCAGCGCGCCGCCCGGCUGGAGUCCGCGCGCCGGAGCGGAGGUUUCUCCGAGAGCCCGGCGUGCUCGGCGCUCCGCGGGACCAGGACGGGCCCUGGGUGGGCGGGACGUCUUGGAUCGUCCGACUCUGGAGGCUGCUCCGCGCGGGGCCGCGGUGCUGCGCUCUUCUACGCUAACAGGCACAGAAGUUUUACCCCUUCUUCCACGCGUCCUCGCUGCAGUGCCCUCCGGGGCCUGUUCAUUGGGCUUCCCUGCCUGUGCUGAACCUUGUCCUCUGCUGCGCCUCCGCAGUCCUGUAGAGUUUUAUACGGUGACCUGGACCGCGGAGCCCGAUGCGCACGGCAGGCGGGCCGGCCGGGCCGGCGGCCCCGGGGAGGAAGGCCUGCGCGCGGGGCCCGGGGACGCGGAGGCGCGCGCGGGUCUGAACCGCGCCGCCCCGCGCCCGCGGGCCGCCGGCCCCGAGAGCAUGACCACGGCCCAGAACGGCCUCGGGCGCGGAGCGGCGGUCCCCGGCGCGGCCUCUGAGCCCCAAGGCCCCGGCACGGUGACCCGCCCGGCGUGUCGGCCCGGCGGCGGCGCCCGGGAGGCGCGGCUCAGCCCGGCGCGGCUGCUGCGCCUCUUCUCCGCGGGCGCGCCCAGGCCGCGCGCCGACCCCGAGCGGCCCCGGCCCGCCGGCCUGGCGGGCAGCUCCUCCACGUGGAACGCGCUGGCCUCCUUCCGGAAAGCGGGCUCCUUCAAGAAACUGAAGUCCUCGGCGCUCCAGGGCAUCCAGAGCCGCGAGGGGUGGGACGCCGCCAAGCAGGCGCCCCCGGGCCGCGGGCCGCGGGAGCAUGUGCCCAACGGCGCCCCCGCGGGCUCCGCGUCCGACGGCUCGGACCCCGACGAGCCCGACGAGGCCGGCUUCGCGCGCGGCGCCCUCGGCUCGCGCAGCCUCCGCCGCGCCUACGGCCCGGGGCGCCUCCGCCUGCUGGACCCGGAGCCGCCCGGCGCGGAGCCCCACGGCCGCGGCCCGCCCGACGGCGCCGGCGCGGCCCCCGCGAGGCCCGGGCGCCGGAGGAGCCCGCUCCGCGCCCCCGACCUGGCGCGGGCGCUGCGGCUCGCGGGCGGCGCGGCCGGCCGGCCCGAGGACCCCGGGCACCCCGGGGGCGCGCCGCCCGCGCCGCGGCCGCACAGCCGGCUGCACGACGACUACUCCCGCCGCGCCGCCGCCGCCGCCGCCGGCCCCCCGGCCCGGGAGCUGUCGGACAGGGGCUCCGGUGCGGCGGGACCGGGCGACCGGCCUCCCGUGGAGCCCGAGCCCCCUCUCGGUCCUCCCAGGCCCACCGCGCCCAAGCCCCCCAGCCCUCGGAGCCCCGAGCCAGCAAGUGCCGCGUGUCGCAGCAGUGCCAGCGCGCUGUCCCUGAGUUCAGCGGACAGCGAGGAGGGGGCAGAGGGGCCCGCCCAGGGGGAGAAGGGCCCCCGGUGCUUGCAGGACGCGGGGCACGCCACCUGCGACCCAGGCGCUGAGGACAGCCGCGCCAGCAGCCACCUGCAGCCCGGCCUCGGAGGGGCGGACGGCCCAGAGGAAAAGACGGAGGAGGUUGUGACCGAGGGGUCCUGGAGGCCAGCCUCACCACCACCACUGGAGGAAGAACGGCCCGAGGCUCAGAGGGUCCCCAGGAGGAGAUGGGGAUCCGGCAGGAGGGCGCGGCCCCGACCACUCUCCGACUACGGCCAGCUGGUCAGCCGGAGUCUGUCCAUCCCUGAGGACUCGAUCGCCGCAGACCCCCAGAAGGAGUGCGCCGGGGACGGCGACCACCCGCCCAGUGUGGCCCCCACCGACCCUGCAGACCAGGCUCCUGCCGGGGGCUGCCCCCGGGCCCUGAGAAGACGCCCCAUCUCCGUGAUCGGCGGGGUCGGCUUCUAUGGGAGCAGCCAGGCGGAGGAGGGCGAGGCCCUGCUGCCCCAAGUGGCCGAAUGGGAUGCCCCGAGGGGUCGGCACUGGGGUUUCCAGUUAGAGGAGCGUGGCCCUUGA